CAAGUCCCAAACAUGGUCAAAGAGUUUGAUUUAGCAAACAGAACUUGUACACCAAAAAUAUGAACUGCAUCUAUAAAUACCUCUCCUUUCACUGAAAGCUCCCCACUCCACAACUGCCUAUCAUAGCUUUUUCUUGUUAAAAACAAGAAAAAAUAAACCCAACAAUGACGUCCUUUCCAGCAAAGACACUUCCCAACCAGUUCCUUUCAUUCCAAAUCUUGUUUCUCUUCGUCGUCGUCCUUCCAUUGGUCUUUCCCCUGGAUUCCACUGCUUUUUCUUCUUCUGCAAUUGGGAAAGAAGUUGGAGAAGAAGGAAUGCAAGCAAUGGUGCUCUUGGCGUGGAAAGCUAGCCUUGACAACCAAAGCCAAUCUCUCCUGUCAUCGUGGAUGCUCGGAAGCAACCACUGCAAAUGGAUUGGAAUUGGUUGCAAAAAGGCUGGCGGAGUCAUCACUCAUAUCGACCUUAAGAGUUAUAGUUUGAAUGGUAAACUUUCGAAUCUAAAUUUCUCAUCCCUCCCUCAUCUUCUCAGCUUUGAUCUUCAUAACAACUCACUUUAUGGAACCAUUCCCUCCCGCAUUGGUAGCCUUUCAAGACUCACCUAUCUUAGCUUGUCCGCCAACCGUCUCACUGGCUCAAUUCCUGCUUCUAUAGGGAACUUGGUCAACUUAAGAACUCUUUACCUUUAUAAAAAUCAUCUUUCCGGGUCCAUCCCAGAAGAAGUUGGAAUGCUAAGGUAUCUCGUUGAUCUCCAACUCUCAACAAACAAUCUCACAAGUACAAUCCCUGCUUCUCUAUGGAACUUGGUCAACUUAACAACUCUUUACCUUCACGAGAAUCAUCUUUCUGGAGCGAUCCCUAAGGAAGUUGGGAUGCUAAGGUCUCUCAUUAAUCUCGCACUCUAUAGGAACAAUCUUAGAGGCACAAUCCCUGCUUCUAUGGGUAACUUGGUCAACUUAACAAUACUUUACCUUUACCAGAAUCAUUUGUCUGGAUCCAUCCCUAAGGAAGUUGGGAUGCUAAGGUCCCUUGUUGGUCUCGAUUUCUCAUCAAAUAGUCUCACGGGUUCAAUUCCUGCUUCUUUAGGGAACUUGGUCAACUUAAGAACUCUUCACCUUUUUAAAAAUCAUCUUUCCGGGUCCAUCCCAGAAGAAGUUGGGAUGUUAAGGUCCCUCGUUGAUCUCCAACUCUCAACAAACAAUCUCACAAGUACAAUCCCUGCUUCUCUAUGGAACUUGGUCAACUUAACAACUCUUUACCUUCACGAGAAUCAUCUUUCCGGGUCCAUCCCUGAAGAAGUUGGGAUGCUAAGGUCUCUCGUUGAUCUCCAACUCUCAACAAACAAUCUCACAAGUACAAUCCCUGCUUCUCUACGGAACUUGGUCAACUUAACAACUCUUUACCUUCACGAGAAUCAUCUUUUUGGAGCGAUCCCUAAGGAAGUUGGGAUGCUAAGGUCUCUCGUUAAUCUCGCACUCUAUAGGAACAAUCUUAGAGGCACAAUCCCUGCUUCUAUGGGUAACUUGGUCAACUUAACAAUACUUUACCUUUACCAGAAUCAUUUGUCUGGAUCCAUCCCUAAGGAAGUUGGGAUGCUAAGGUCCCUUGUUGGUCUCGAUUUCUCAUCAAAUAGUCUCACGGGUUCAAUUCCUACUUCUCUAGGGAACUUGGUCAACUUAAGAACUCUUCACCUUUCUAAAAAUCAUCUUUCCGGGUCCAUCCCAGAAGAAGUUGGGAUGUUAAGGUCCCUCGUUGGUCUCCAACUCUCAACAAACAAUCUCACAAGUACAAUCCCUGCUUCUCUAUGGAACUUGGUCAACUUAACAACUCUUUACCUUCACGAGAAUCAUCUUUCCGGGUCCAUCCCUGAGGAAGUUGGGAUGCUAAGGUCCCUCGUUGAUCUCCAAUUCUCAACAAACAAUCUCACGGGUUCAAUUCCUGCUUCUAUAGGGAACUUGGUCAACUUAAAAACUCUUUCCCUUUUUGAAAAUCAACUUUCUGGCUCAAUCCCCGAAGAAUUUGGGAUGCUAAGGUCCCUUGUUGAUCUCAAACUCUCGCAAAAUCAUCUUUUUGGCUCGAUCCCUGAAGAAGUUGGGAUGCUAAGGUCCCUCGUUGAUCUCGAUCUCUCUAGGAACAAUCUAAGUGGCACAAUCCCUGCUUCUAUAGGGAACUUGGUCAACUUAAGAGCUCUUUACCUUUACAAAAAUCAUCUUUUCGGCUCAAUUCCUGAAGAAGUUGGGAUGCUAAGGUCCCUCGUUGAUCUCAUACUCUCAACAAACAAUCUCAUAGGGACAAUCCCUGCUUCUCUAUGGAACUUGGUCAACUUAACAACUCUUUACCUUCACGAGAAUCGGCUUUCCGGGUCCAUCCCCAAGGAGGUUGGAAUGCUAAGGUCACUCGUUGAUCUCCAACUCUCAACGAACAAUCUCACAGGUACAAUCCCUGCAUCAAUAAGUAAGUUGGUCAACUUAAGAACUCUUCAUAUUUACGAGAAUCGUCUUUCUGGAUCAAUACUUGAGGAAGUUUGGAUGCUAAGGUCCCUCAUUGAUCUCCAACUCAAAUCGAACAGCUUCACAGGUACAAUCCCUUCUUCCAUAGGGAACUUGGUCGACUUAGCCACUAUUUUACUUUCUGAAAAUCAUCUUUUCGGCUCGAUCCCCGAAGAAGUUGGGAUGCUAAGGUCUCUCAUUGUUCUCGAUUUUUCAGCAAAUAGUCUCACAGGUUCAAUCCCUGCUUCUAUGGGGAAUUUGAAAUUCCUUGAGAUUCUAUCCUUGAGUGAUAACCAACUUACUGGACCUAUUCCCCCACAAUUGAACAAUCUUAAACUUUUGACCAUGUUUCAAGUAUCUGAUAAUAUGCUCACUGGUCAAUUACCAGAAAACCUAUGCUUGGGUGGAUCACUCAAAAACUUGUCAGCCAACAACAACAAUUUCAUUGGACUCAUCCCCAAAAGCUUGAAAAAUUGUAGUAGCUUAUACAGGCUAAGGCUUGACGGAAACCAAUUUUCGGGAAACAUAUCAGAAGAUUUUGGAAUAUACCCGAAUUUGUAUUAUAUUGAUCUGAGCGACAACAAUUUCUAUGGCGAACUAUCUCCGAGAUGGGGAAAAUGUAACAAUUUAAAAAGCCUCAAAAUGUCCAACAAUAAUAUUUCUGGAGGCAUACCGUCUGCAUUGGUGGACGCAGCUCAACUAUCUCGAAUUCAUCUCUCUUCAAAUCAUCUAGUUGGAGAGAUCCCAAAGCAUUUCGGUAGUUUGGUUUCAUUGUACGACCUUAAGUUGAAUGAUAACCAACUGUCAGGUAAUAUUCCUCGAGAACUUGGUCGCCUUGCCAACUUAGAGAUUCUAAAUUUGGCAGGAAACAAACUAACUGGCUCAAUCCCUCAAGAGUUAGAGGACUGCAUGAAGCUAUUGAACUUGAGUUUGAGCAAUAAUAAACUUGGGGAACACAUUCCUUUUGGACUAGGUCAACUCCAUGGACUUGAAAGUCUUGAUCUAGGCGAUAACUUGUUAAUCGGUAAGAUACCACAACAGAUUGGAGCAUUGCAAAGGUUAGAAAUGCUAAAUCUCUCCCACAAUGAGCUCUCUGGAUCCAUACCAUCUUCUUUUGAAAAUAUGUUUGCUCUUUCAUCAGUUGAUGUAUCCGACAAUCAUCUAGAGGGUCCUCUUCCUCAUAUUAGAGCUUUCCAAGAGGCUCCAUUUGAGGCACUUAGAGGUAAUGAAGGUUUAUGUGGUAAUACUACUAGAUUGAAGGCCUGCCAGCUUGACAGAGUUCCAAGAAAGAAGGAAAAGAAGUUGGUGAUCCUAAUUGUACUUCCUACUUUUGGAUUUCUAGUUCUUUCCCUCAUGGUUCUCGGACUUUGCUUGUCUUUUAGUAAGAAAAUGAAGAGCACAACAAAUGAGCCAAGACAAGUAUAUAAUGAAGAUUUGUUUUCAAUAUGGAGUUAUGAUGGGAAAAUGGUGUAUGAAAACAUCAUUGAAGCGACUGAGAACUUCAGUGCCAACUAUUGCAUUGGGGAAGGAGGAUGUGGUACUGUUUUUAGAGCUGCCUUGCCAAAUGGUCAAGUAGUUGCGGUGAAGAAACUUCACGCGUCAACUGAUGGUGACUCGGUUAAUCAAAAAGGCUUUACGAGUGAAAUCAGUACCUUAACAGAGAUAAGGCACCGCAACAUCAUAAAGCUUUAUGGCUUUUGUUCACAUCCAAGACACUCUUUUUUGGUUUACGAGUUCUUGCAAGGUGGAAGCUUGCGAGAGGUACUAGCCUUGAAGGAAGAAGCAGUAGAGUUUGAUUGGAACAAAAGACUUGAUGUUGUUAAAGGUUUGGCAGAUGCUCUGUCUUAUAUGCACCAUGAUUGUUCGCCUCCAAUCAUCCAUCGCGACAUAUCAAGCAAAAAUAUUUUGUUUGAUUCUGAGUACGUUGCUCACAUCUCUGAUUUCGGGACAGCUAGAUUUAUGAAACCUGACUCCGCCAAUUGGACUUCAUUUGCGGGAACCUUUGGAUACACUGCUCCUGAACUUGCAUAUUCAAUGGAAGUGAAUGAGAAGUGCGACAUUUAUAGUUUUGGGGUAUUGACACUAGAAGUGAUUAUCGGGGAGCAUCCAGGUGAUCUCAUCUCGUCUCUAGCAUCAUCUUUGUCGUCGUCGUCAUCAUCAAAAACUGGACAUGGGAUUUUAUUCGAGGAUGUGUUGGACCAACGCUUGCUGCCUCCUACAAAUCAAGUGGCAGAACAAAUAGUGGUUGCAGCAAAAGUAGCAUUUGCAUGUUUGAAUGCUAGACCACUUUCUCGACCAACCAUGCAGCAAGUUGCUAGGAUGAUGUCAAAUCCAAGGCCAUCUCUCCAAAAUCAGUUACACAUGAUUACAUUGGGAGAACUCGUUGGUGCCAACAGCUUCACUUCUUGAGUUUCCUUGGACUUGAGCUCUUGUGAGUUUUUGCUAUGACUGCACAAUUUCACUUUUCUUUUGUCUGCUUUCUGCGAUCUUUUUUGCUUUGUUGAUAUUGAAUAGACAUGAUAUAAUGUAAAAUAGACUAUGUUCAUAGAAAAAAUAAUUGUCAUGGAGAUGAAAAGAAAUACAAGUUCUUUGUGGUUCUAAAAUCAACUAUUACGGUCAAAUAGCCAAUUAUUUUGGGGUGAAGAUUUAAAUGAUUUGAAAUGAAGGGGUGAUUUUUUCCCCAGUAUAUACAGUAAAUCAAUAUACCAAAGAAAUACAGUGUAGAGUUUGAAAUCAAAACGUCUGUUAGCAUCCGCUUAACCCCAAAAUAACCUUCCAUUCCAUUUCCUAUUUGACUUUCACCCAGGCACUAAAAUUAAGGGGUAAUUCAAUCUGUCAAUAUGAUAAAGCCUUACAUUAGUGGAUGUAUCCUAAACAAUCAACUGGAUUUGAGAGGCUCCAUUUGAGUCACUCAGAGGUAAUAAAGGUUGAUAUGGUUAAAAAAUGGUAAUACUAGAUUUUACUUUUUACUUCCUGUUUUGGGAUUUCCUGCCUCUUUCAUUGGUGUUUUUCAGUUUUUUUUUUCUUUCCCUUUGUGUGUGUAGCUUUUUGUAAGAAACUGGUGAACACAGAGAGUGAGCCAAGUCCAAUUAACAGUGAUAAUUUGUUUGCAAUGUGAAGCUAUUACGGAAAAUAGUGUAUGAAAACAUCAUUGAUGGAACUUGAAACAUCGGUGCCAAACACUGUAUUGGGGAGGGGGGAGUACUGUCUAUAGAGUUGCCCUACAUAAUGGUCACAUAGUUGCUGCGAAGAAACUUCAUGUGUCAUCGGAUGGAGUCUUUUAGGAUUUGCUAGUGAGAUCGGUGCAUUAACAAAGAUACAACCUGAAAAUAUUAUAAAGCUUUACGGAUUUUGUUCACAUGUGAUGCAAGGCACUCGUUUUGAAUGGAGGAAGCUUGGGACAUAUUCUCAGCUUGGAGGAAGAAGCAGUAGAGUCGUUAUAUUGGAUUAAGAGAAUGGAUGCUGUUGAAGGUGUGGCAAAUGUUGUCUUACGUGCACCGCAAUCGUUUUCUUCCAAUCACUCUUCGAGACUUGUCAAGCAAGAAUUUUUUGAUAGAUUCAAAGUACGUAGCUCACAUCUUUGAUUGUGGCACCGCGAAAGUCAUGAAGAGUGACUCAUCUAAUUGGACUUUAUUUGCCGGGACUUUUGGAUACGCUGCUCCACCUCAAAAGAGAUCAAGACAUUAAUUCUGCUGACCGUUGAGCCAUAUAAGAGAAAGCAUGGAGUAAAUGAGAUGAACGUUGGUCAUUUACAGUAGAAGACUUUGUGGGUUUUUACUCUCGGUUAUUUACAGGACAAGUCUUCAUCAGAGAGGAAGCCAGAUUGAUUGAGAAGAAAGAGCCUUCAAAGGAUUCAAUCGUUCAAACACUCAAAGAAUUCAAGUCUGAUAUAUACACUGUAGUUUUAUCCUCUUCAGAGAGAGCUUUCACUGUAGAAUUUUAUACUCUCAUUUGUUUGAGCCUACACUUGUAAAUCACCCUUCCUUAGAGGGAUUGAUCAUCACCACACUUAUCCUACACUUAUCCUACCUUGUGAGAGAGAGAACCCAAUCCACUGUGUUGCCAGUUAGGAUUUGAGUUUCUUGCUUGAUUUGAGAAGUGUACGCUCACUAGGUGUGAGUGUGCCAAGAGUUUGAGGAACUGGUCUGUGUGUAUCAGUUGGGAUUGUGAAAUCAGGUCUGCGUGUAUCACUGAGUUUGUGAAGUGUCAUGGUCUGUGUGUACCAGAAGAAGUAUUGUAAAGGGGUGUUGCCUCCUGUAAAAUCCAACCCCGUUGUAAGUUUUGAGAACAUAGUGGAUGCCGGUGAUUGUUCAAGGGAAACAAUCACUGAAGAGUGGACUAAGCAAUUAGCCGAACCACUAUAAAAAUCCUCAGUCUCUUCUCGUAUUUAUUUUUUAGUACUUUCAUUAUUU